GCGUGUUAGCCAAACCGAUACAGCUCGUUAGACGCUUUCGUGUAUAUUAGCCCCUAUGUUUUAAACCCAUGUCUGUUGUCUAGUUAGUUAUCCAUUUUAAUGUAAUAUUUACUGUGUUGUUAUUGGUAAACUAGCUGGCUGGUUAAAUUAGCACUAUCCUAGCAAGCAAGCUGACAUCGCCGACCAUGACCUCACUAAGCUACUCUCCAACUAUUAAAGAAGAGGUCUGCUGGACGGAGAAGGAGGAUGCUGUUCGAGUGAAAGAAGAAGAGAAAGAAGUUACAGUAAAAGAAGAGGGAGACGCGUUCAGAGUGAAAGUGGAGGAGGAAGUUACUGUGAAAGAAGAGGAGCAAGAGGAGGAUGGAGUUGUCGGAGUGAAAGAAGAGAAUAGGAAGAUGACUGUCACAUCGAAAAAGGAGGAGGAGGAGGAAGAGGAAACUGGAUAUCUGGGCUCGGUUUCCCAAAGUGGUCUUAAGGCAUCCUAUGGUUGUAACGAUGAAGUUAGCCUUAAAAUGCGUUUGGGAAAAUUGGCCCAGAUUAACACUAGAGAGAGACUUGACUAUCGUGGAUCCUCUGUAGAGCCUCAACAAUAUUAUGAAGCUGACGAGGCAGAGAAGAGUCUCUCCACAUCAGAACACCUCAAGAAAAACCAGCGGAAACCCACAGGGAAGAAAUCUCACCGAUGCUCCGACUGUGGGAAGAGUUACUCAAGAUCAGAUUCACUAAAGGUACACCAGAGAAUUCACAAUGGAGAGAAACCUUAUACCUGUGAUCAAUGUGGGAAGCGUUUUGUUACAUCUAGCCGUCUGACUAUACACCAGAGAACACAUACAGGAGAGAAGCCAUAUAGCUGUGAUCAAUGUGAGAAGAGUUUUGUUACAUCUAGCCAUCUGACUAUACACCAGAGAACACACACAGGAGAGAAAUCUUACCAUUGCUCUGACUGUGGAAAGAGUUACUCAAGAUCAGAUUCACUAAAAGUACACCAGAGAAUUCACACUGGAGAGAAACCUUUUAUCUGUUAUCAGUGUGGGGAGAGUUUGAAUGAUCCAAGCAGCAUGAAAACACACCAGGGAAUUCAGGCUGGAGAGAAACGUCAUUGCUGCUUUGACUGUGGGAGGAGAUUCACCCCUUCAGAGGACCUUAAAAAACGUCAGAGAAUUCAUACAGGAGUGAAACCUUAUAACUGUUAUCAAUGUGGGAAGAGUUUUACUGAAUCUAGACAGCUGACAAUACAUCAGAGAGCACACACGGGAGAGAAACCUUACCCCUGCCCUAACUGUGGAAAGAGUUUUGUUUCUUCAGUACAUUUAAAAUCACACCAGAGAACACACACUGGGGAGAAGCCUUAUAGCUGUAAUCAAUGUGGGAAGAGUUUUACUCACUCAAGCUGCCUGAUGGUACAUCGGAGAACACACACAGGAGAGAAACCUUAUAGCUGUAUCCAAUGUGGGAAGAGCUUUGUCACAUCUAGCCGUCUGACUAUACACCAGAGAACACACACAGGAGAGAAGCCUUAUAGCUGUGAUCAAUGUGGGAAUAGUUUUACUACAUCUAGCCAUCUGACUAUGCACCAGAGAACACACACAGGAGAGAAGCCUUAUAGCUGUGAUCAAUGUGGGAAGAGUUUUACUACAUCUAGCCAUCUGACUAUGCACCAGCGGACACACACAGGAGAGAACCCUUAUAGCUGUGAUCAAUGUGGGAAGAGUUACACUGGUAGAAAAUCUCUGAUUAAACAUCAGAAAAUACAUAUAUGAGGACGUUGUACCAUGAUUUCAAUUAAAUAAUGUCACAAUGUAGAAUGUUUUUAACAUUGUAGUAGGAGUAUUUUAAUGUCACAAUGUAUAACCCUAAACGUUUGCCCCCCCCCCCCCCAUUCUAUUGAUAUUAGCCUCAUAAGGGCAAAAAAAACAGGCUCUGAAUUGAAAGAGCACUAUUUAUGUGAUUAACAAAGAAAGUGUUGCAUUACACUUACCGUGUUGGGACCCACUUGAAAAAAAAUGCAACACCUCAAAAUGUAGCUAGAUGUUUUCUACAAAUUGUCCUCUAACCAGUGAUGUAAACAUUAUUCCCAGAUUUCAUGUGGUUUUUGAGCUGUUACUUUUAUUUUAACAGGACAUGUAACCUCAUGUCCCCCCUCUCGUGCAACUGAUUUCAAUGUGAUAUCUAUAUGAGUGAUGACAUAAGUGUUGCAUUUCUCUUAAUUUUUGCGGCCCCUAAAUUUAAACGCAUUACUUCAAAAUGAAAUUCAACAAAUUAACUUUUAACAAGGCACACCUAUUAAUUGAAAUGCAUUCUAGGUGAAGCUGGUUGAGAGAAUGCCAAGAGUGUGCAAAGCUGUCAUCAAGGCAAAGGGUGGCUACU